UCUGUUGUCAAUGCGUUGCUAGGGAUGGGGCGGAGCUUGUUGAGAAUCGUUUUGCUAGAAGUAAAUUAGCAUUAAAACUUUCGCUUUAACCUGUUUAAAAUGUCUACAGCUCGAUUAGACGCGUUGCGAGAACGUAACAAGCACCUACCGAAGCAGCGAAAACGGGAAGGACCUAGCUGCCGAAGCGACUCAGCCGACUGCAAGGGGAGAAAGCCCGCAGUUCGGGUCACUCUUACCGAGGGAGACAGGGAGCCAUCGAGGGCGGCUCUCUCCAAACCCUCUGUGAGAUUUGCAGACACCAGUGAAAUCUGCUUCCAGCACAACACUGCUGGCAUCCUCAGAAGACCAACUGGGGGACAGAAAGACGAGGACAGAGACCCUGAAGUCCACCAAAGACUGACCAACUUUGGAGCGCUCAGUACCGAGUCUUGUCCAGUUAGAACCAGCAGAACUCGGGUAGACUUUCAGAGUACAGAUGUUGACCUGACUAGUAAAAGUGAUGAAAGACCAGCUGCAGCACAGCACCGUUUGCAGCCGUUACUCGGAUAUGAUUGGAUUGCAGGAGUUCUGGAUACUGAAGAUUCUGUGGCGGAGCUCUCUGAUGAGUUCUUCAAUGAUCUGCAAGUUUUUCGAUUUCUUAAUAAAGAGGAGUGUGUUCACGCAGCCCAGACAGAAUUUUUUGACGUGAGUCUUCCAGCUUCUGCUCUCCUGACAGAUAAGGAUGAUCCAGAGGCCGACAAAGACAGCCAUCAGUGUACAUUUUCUUACAGGAUAAACAACAGGUUGUUUCCUGUUCCCCUUCACUCUCAGGAUUGCUGCACCGUGUGCAAAAGGUCCAAAUUCUCGCAUCCUCACUCUAUCGCAGAGCCAGCUCUAAUCAGGGUCAAUAUUCCUCAUGCCGCCCUCCUGCCGCCUCACAAAUACAAAGCUCACCGGCGAUGCAGCUUUGACCCAUCUGAUAGUUUGGGUUUACCAGCGCACUGUCUUUCAGGAUGGUCAAACACAGGUCAGAGCAGCAUAGCUCCACCCAGCAGCCUGGACCUGCGGAGCAACCUUCAAAUGAAACAUGCUGAUGAGUCACCUGACACAGAAAUGGAGGGUUUGUUUGCACCCGAAGCGUCCCGCCACAAUCGCUUUGACCAGCUCUCCGAUCUGUCCCGCUUGGCUCGUCACAACUACCAACACUGUCCUCCGAGGAGACUGAGAAGCUCUUUCAACCCCGUGUCAUCCUAAUCUAUCAUGCAAAGAGUGGAGGAUGUCCUGUUUCCUGCCAACAAACUUUUUCUAUGUUUUUACCCUUUAGGAGUCUUUCAAAAUAAAUGCAUUAUUUUACUUGG